AUGGUAGACCGCACGCGCCCGCACUACAUCGAGAGAGUCGUGAAACAAUCAUUGAAAAUGGCGGCUUUUCAAACUCAUUCGCAACAACUAAACAGCAAUCCUAUCGUAAACACCAGCCCUUUGAAAAACUCUGGCCCAUCUGCCAUACCUCCGAUACCUAACUUUCCAUCUCCGCAACAAAACAGUACUAACGUGGGGACAAAGCGAAAAGAAACUGGCACUCCACAUAAUGACAUACCCUACAAGAAAUCACCGGCUUGGCUGUCUGGUCGAGAGUUAUUUUGCGAAACCUGCAACGUAGAAUUGAAUUCAAUCAGUCAAGCUAUACAGCACAGACAAGGGAAAGUCCAUCUGAACAAAGUUAAGAAAGUGGAAAAAUUUAGAAUGCUGUUUCAGACUUCCGACGGACAUGACGUGACCUGCAGUGCUCCCGUUCAACCUCAAGUAGCUCCUAAUCCUCCACCAGUAAUGCCUUCAGUAGAACAACCAAGACAGCUUGGCAAAGUAAAUUUACAGUGCGAUGUCUGCCAAAAAUUAUUCAACUCAGAAACACAAGCUGUGCAACAUUUUCAAGGUCAAAAGCACAAACAGAAAUUGCAGAGUGUGGGAGUGAGUCACACAGAAUUGCAGGUGUCAACAACAGAAUCUAAUGCAUCACUUAAUCAUCGACAAGACGGAACUUGCUCAGUUGCUGCAACUGAAAAUGGAACAAUACCUUUGUCAUCGGCAAAUGGCUCUGAAAGCGAGGGACUGUACUGUGAGCAGUGUGGCUUAACAGUGAACUCCAAGAUUCAAAUGGCCACUCAUCUCCAAGGAGCAAAACACAAAAACACUGUUGCUAGUAAAAGACUCCAAGUGGGUCAAUCUCGACCUGUGUUGCAGUGUGAUGAUUGCAGGACAACCUUCAAUUCGCAGAUGCAGUUGACACAGCAUUUAACAAGUUCAAAGCAUAUUAAGAAAGUACAAAAGAAACAAACAACCCAUGUGCAGUUUAGAGGCCAGGAAAGAGGGCGUGGACGAGGUCGGGGCAGAGCUAGAGGAGCAUUCAGAGGAGGACAAAGUCACAGAGGAAGAGGAAACUUCAAACCCCCUCAUCUUACGUCAAAUUUUGUCAAAGCGACUAGUUCUUUCCCAGAGAAUCCUGGUUUCAGAUUCUCUUCACCUGCGCAAUCAACUUUUACUCCCUGUUUUACUGAAUUUGAUGCAUCUUUUCAACAGCCUUUUAUGUAAACAUACAGUCGUGCUCAGAUGUUUUUUAAAGAAUAUACUACUGUGAAGGUUAAAAAAUAACAGCCCUGGUUACUGUAGGAUUUACAUGUAGCAGCUGUUAGCUAAAAUGUGUACUAUACUGUACGUGGGGUUAAUCCAGCUGUAAACUGUUGAAAAAUCCAUUGUUAUUUUACCAUUCUAAUCCAAUGAAGGCUGAAGAUUUUUAGCUGAAAUGUCUUUUUCAAAGUUAUCGCUAAUGUUGUAUUUAACAUUAAAAAAGGUCAGCGACAAAGCUUCUUGCAUUUUAUUGCAUCCAUAAUUUCCAUCCAUGUACCAGUAAAAUAAGUUUCGAAUAAAACAACCAAGUUUUUGGUCAGUUGUUGUCUCUAUAUACUUGGAAGUUGGUGAUUUACCCUACUAACUUUACAAAGAGAGUCGUCUAGGGUCAUCUAAAACAAAUCAGAUCAGUUUGACACAUCUAGCUUGUUGUAUCUGUCAGGUGUGAUCAACAAGAGCAGUUGCAAAGAGGAGCAGGUUAACUGUAUUUAUACUUGGCAAUGUACUUGUCUUAUGGUUAUAAGUGCAUUGUUAUUUCAUGAAUUUCUAAACAUGUUCAGUGUCGUCCAACUUUCUUAAUACACCUCUCACAAAGGGGGUGUUCCAGGUUGAAAUGUCCAGUCAUAUUGUGCAGUUUACUUUUAAACGUUAUUGAAUAUGUGUGAGAGGUACUCAAGCGUGUAGAAGACAAUAUCCUUCAGGGCCUGAUUGUUUGAAAAGAAAGCUGUUUGACACUAACUCAGGAUUAAGAGUUAACUGAAGUAUUAAUUUUUCUUGAGUAGAAAAUGAAUUGUUCGUCAUUAUUUAAAUUCAGAAGUGAAGGACAAACAAUAAAGACAGAAACCUCAUGGAAAAGUUACAAAACUGAAAUCAAAAUCCUUGCUAAUCCUGGGUUAGCUUAAUCGGGCUUUAAACUCCGCCCAGUUGGUUACAGGUACAGUAAGACCACAGAUCUGAAUGAAGUGGACAGGAAAGCGCAAAGUACAUUCACAACAGGAUUUUUCUUUGCACUAUAUGAAAAGAGAUUAUUUUUCCCUCAAACAUGCAUCUUGGUAAAUGAUAACCUCUAUCACCAAAUUUUCUUUGCGGUUGCACAAUAAUUAUUAGCCUGCAUAACUAGUGGAAUUUUGCAUGCGAGUGCUUUGCUUCUAGCAAGAGAAACAAAGUCUGAAGUCCCCUCCAUUUGAAGCUUCACCAUCCGGUAACUUUGCUUCUCCCAUUUGCAGCACUGCCGACAAAACCAAACAUGCACAUGAAAUAUACUAGCUGCCUGUGUGCAGGCUACAGUGACUGUGAUAAUGACUACCUUUAAUUUUCGGACCAGCAACAAACAGCAUUCCUGCAGCAUAAAUAAUUUGUAACUUUAUUGAGAUGUUAAAACUUCGCUAACAAAGGAAACCAUUUUGUCUGAUACUGUAUACCUGUAAUUCACAAAGACUUUGAUUAGUCAGUCUCAAAUCUGUACUCGGUCAUUACUAAAGCAUGUUAACCUUCAAUUUAACUUUGGACAUUACAAACUUGGUUAUAUGUAUCACAAAACACCCAAAAAACAUUCUCAGCCAACAUAUUGUAAACAAGAUGAACUUGAGCUAAUAUUACAAUAUUAAAGCACCGCAUAUGAGCUAUAACUUCACUAAGUCUACUGACAUUGCACCAAAUUCACAUACGUGUAGUCUCGAUGGACAACGUUGGCACAAAACACCCUUUAACUGAUAAACAAAAAACCUUGAGAAAUUAUGUUCAGUUAAUCUGCCUACUGUACUAAACAAAGACUGCAAACUUUCUAAGUCUACUGCUCCAGUAUUACCUAGACUACAGUAAAUUUGAUUUGCCUAGUAAAAAAA